AUUUUGAUUUAUCAAUGUUACCCAAUUCCUACGUCCAAUCUAUGUACAUAAAUCCACAGUAACAAGUAGCCCCCCUACCCUUCGGAUAUACUACCAACACACCCAGUAUCUCACCAUUAUUUAUUAUUAGCCAAACCCGUAUAUCAACCCUAACCACCGAUUGAAACUGAAUAUUAAAGUAGUUAUAUGCUCUAUUCCUUUAGUGAAAGUGUAGCCUGAGCCUCAUAGAGAGCAAAUAAUUGUCCAGCAACCAAUGCCAAACAAAACUAUUACUGUAGUGAAACCAAAGAAGUAUUCUUAUGUAAUCGUUAAAUUUGAAUUUGUAGUUGAUAGAUUGGUUACUUUACAUAUUGCCAAUAGCUUUCUUUAUCAUAAUCCUCCUAAUUAUGGCAUUACUUUUUGCUUCCAAAGUUAAACAUCUCAACCCCGAAGGAGCACAUAACACACUUGAAACUUUGAAAAAUAAUAUGCAAUUGGCUCCAAUUGAAGAUAUCGUCGUAGCAACCCCAUCUUCAUCUGCUUCAGCUCUCAAUAUGAUAUCAUAUUUUACACACGAUGCAAUAGAGUGUCCAGAUGGCUAUGGAAGAACUCAUCUAGGUUAAUGGGACGGAGUGUCAUCUGGAUGUAUAUGUGAGAAUGGAGACAUCAGUCAUUCCCUCACUUGUUUUUACAAAUCCAAUUGUAAAAGAGUGAAAUCUCACGAUCCUGAAUUAUUUACAACAUGGUAAUAAAAAUAAUAUUGCACUAAAUUAUAUGCUGAAUGGAAAACAUUGGAAGGGGCUGCUUGUGAGACCUCUUACAAAUAAUGCGGAAAUGUUUGUGUUCCAGCAAAUAAAAACUGCCCACUCUCAGGAUUACUCAAAGACAAUUCAAGAUAGAAUGAUAGAAAUGCAAUUAAAAUCGGAACUGACAAUUACAUUAAACAAUUCGAAAACUCCUCUCCCAUUGUUAGCAUUGAAGUAGUACCAGGAAUUGGAGAAGCUAAUUCAUCACCUUGUUACAACCAUAAAUUGAAUCCUAAAUUCUAAUCUGCCAAAUACUAUCCUUUGGCUAAAAGACCUGAAAUCGGUUGUGAUGACUACAAAGACUUACAACCCCAUAGAAUCACUUUGAAUACAUUUUCAGCCCAUCAAACCUACUAAUAAAAUGGCUUAGCAGAUGUACUAUCUUAGUUGCCCUUCUAUCAAAAUUAUGAAGACAACCAAGAUACGUAUGCAUUAGAAGCCAUUAAGAAAAUUUAAAUUAAUUCCAAUGAGGUUUGCUAGAAAUUGUCUCCCAAAGACAUCGAUCAAAUCUCUAAGAGUGGACAAAGAGUCUACAAUUCAGAGAGAGCCAUGUCCUUGAUUAUUAUUAUAGGUGUCGGAGUUGUCCUCUUCUUGGUUCCUAUUUUAUAUCUGAUGAAGAACAGAGUACCUUAACUUGUUUUUAUGUUAGAUUUUCCAAUGGAUUGACAUGACUGAUUUCCAUCAACCAAAGUUCUUGUGUGGAAUUGGAUUGAUCAUAGCCAUCUUAUGUAUAGGGCUGGGAGCAGUUUAUCUGAAUGAAGUAGAUGGAAAUGUAUUUUUUGUAAUUCUAUCUUAGAAUGGACUCAAAGAACAUAAUGCUCAAUUUUCUAAAUAUCUGGAGAAAAACUGUUUCCCUGACGAAGGCUUAAAAUAGGUAUUAAACUUCCAUUCUAAAUUUAGGCUAUUACUGAAGUAAAUCAUUUUGCAAAGAAUGCCUACUCCAGCACCUAUUCUCUUGUUAUUGCAGCAUUUUAUGUCAGCAUCAUCUUUAUUGUCCUUCUAAUCAUUUUUGUUGCUUACUAAUACUAUGCUCAUAAAUCAUUGUUCGACAAUCCUUGGACUCCCAGAUAACAGGAAUAUUCAGAAUUUCAUUGAUGCAUA